AUGAGCGUCAUGGCAAACAACUCUACGCAUUUAUUCACGGUUUCAAGUGAUGUUCUUAUGGCUUCGGUUAUAUUUAAAUUCAUCGCAAUGGGCAUCGGUGUAACGGGAAACAUUGCAGUCGUAAUUUGCAACAUUUUCAUGGAAAAAGAACGGACAGCGACUUCGUACUUGAUAGGAAACUUAGCACUGGCAGAUCUUCUUACUUGUUUGACAUUCUACCCAGUAUGGAUUGUUGAGUUCAUAAAAACUAUAUUCGAAGUUGAAAGUGAUCAGAAUUUGUUUUGCAAAUUAAGUCGGUCCAGCAGUUGGAUGUUGUUGUUUGUUUCUAUAGCAACUCUCUUCGCCAUCACCCUCGAUCGUUAUAUAUUUAUUGUAAAACCUUUAAAGUAUCCGAUCCUUGUGACACGCCAACGAGUUCUUCCAGCUAUUUUAGGAAUCUGGGUAACUGGUUGCGGUAUAGUCGCAUUGCUUGGAUUGAAUUAUCGAACCUACCCAAGAUACAGAAGCUUAUGUUACGUUUCAUACGAUAUCGGUUGGUCUACAACAAUUUUUAUCGGCUACAUUCCACUCAUCUUAUUAUUUAUUCUCAAUUUCAAGAUGUUAACGGUUGCACGGAGACAACGAAGACGCAUCCUUGCUGAAACUACAACAGUUGACAGAGAUCACACUGAUGAUCGGGAGUUACCCAACACAAGUGCAUCCGGUGUACGUCGUAUUCUUCUCGCUUGGAAAGGAGUUAAAACAUUCUUUAUUGUAAUAGUAGUGUUGGUUAUUUGUUGUUUCAUACCAACCGUGGUUGGGAGAACAUUACUCUAUAUUUGCAGUGAGACGUGCCAGCAGGUGUGGUACGUAGUUGUCAAUUAUGAACUUUAUGGAAUAAACUCGAUUGUUAAUCCUUUUAUCUAUGGGAUGAGGCAUAUAAAAUACAGAAGAGCAUAUGGACACAUUCUUUUCAAACUGUUUGGUUGUAUAUAAUGAAGUAUAUGUAGAACAUAAAGUUUUUCAGGCGGCGAAGUUAGACAAUUGCAAAUGCUGUGCAAUUGCAUAUUUUACUUUUCAAUAGUUCAAACCUGUAAAUAUAUGUAUUGUCCUUAGACUAUCUAAGCGACGUGUAUUUGUAUACAGGGUGUAUCAUAAAAAACGGAGUCCAUCUUUUGUACUUAAUAACUAUCGGCCUGCUAUAUUUAAUAAAACGGUUUUAGGCUUAUUUUAAGGCCUGCUCAUUUAUCUUUCGAACAAAUAGUCAUCCGUGUCUUUAGUGCAAGUAAUAACUGCACAUGAGAAAAUGUAGUAAAACCUAUAAUUUUUAGAUGCCGCUUAAUUAUACAAAUUUACUAUGAUAUUCCAUAGUCGGUUACAAUGUUUGAAUUUUCUUGUUCAAACUUUAAUGUUCUUGUUGCCACAUCAGAAAAACUAGUAAAAACUUGUUAAAAACAUUCUAAAAGAGAUUAGGUUGUUUUAGUUAUUUCAAAACCCUAAAUUAUUUCCAGAAAUCAUCAAAACAAUCUUAUGCCCAUGCAUCAUCCGAACUAACGCCAUCGAAUCGGGCGCAAUGUAAACAUAAAUUAGUAAGUUGACGGCAAGCUAAUUCAGCUGGGAAUAUAAACGCAUUUGAAGUCAGCAAGUGAAUUUAAAAUAGUGUAUUGGAAGCCUUUAUUACUUAGUUUUUACAAGCUAUUGCCAAAAUGCCUCAAUUUGCACGUUUUGUUGACAAAAUAAGUUAUUUUCAUCAAGUACCGAUUUGUUAUUGCAUCUCAAAUUUUUGACUCUCCAAUCGCAAUCACUUAAAAUACUAUUAUUCACGAACUACUGGAUUAAAUUUACGAAACAACCCAUCGUUGUAAAGCUGAAUGUCUAUGCUUUAAAACAAAUGUAAACCUGAACGUUUUACUCUAAUAUUCGUUUCGAAAUUUAUAUUUGAAGCGAGGACUCCGUUUUUUAUGAUACACCCUGUAGUUACCAUGGCUAACUUUGUUACUGAUUCUUUUCAGUUUUCAAAUCAUUUCACUGUGUAUAGGCCUAUAACGAGGCAUGUAAAAUAUAGAAGAGCCUACGCCUACGGACAAGUAUUCCGAAACUCUUUCAUGUGUGUAACGAGGCAUUGGAAGAGUCAGACACAUGUACAUUUUUCAAACUCUUUCAUUGUGUAGGCAUUAGAAGAGCUUACGGACACAUUCCAAACUGCUUCUCUGGGUAGCGACAUUGAAAAAUUGAUGGCGAAUACCGUCAUCAUGUAUCGUAUAAAUGAAUAA